UCCUCCCGUCCACCCUCCCGCCGUGCACACUCCCGAGCUCGGGGUCAUCUCGGUCACUCAGCAGUGCCGGUGAUGACAUUCGACUACGAUCUGGACGAGGACAUCAACCCGUCCGACUUCACGUUCCCCGAGUUCGGUCGCCGGCUCCGGCGGGAGGUUCCUCGGGAGGAGGUGUUUGACGCGGAGGCGGUGCGUCGUCUGGAGGAGCAGUGGAGCGCCCGGCAGCACCGCCGGCGCCGCGCCCUGCUCCCCGGCGACGAGAACCACGUGCACGACCACGGGGCGGAGCCGACCAAGUCGUGCUCCAUCCUGGGAGUCAAGUACGAACUCGGAGAGGUGAUCGGAGUGGCGUCGGACAACUGCCUCGAGUGCCGGUGUGCGGCUCAGGCCAUGUUCUGUUCGCCAAAGUGCUGCUUCUUCGCGCUGGAGGAGCGACUGCUGAGGGAAGGUAGGAGGAGCAGCCCAGAUCAGGAGCCGCCGCGGCCUCACCCGCUGCAGGCGUACAUUAUUGAGUGACGUCACGGUGGACCAAUGACGUCACAAGGACCGGUGACGAGCCGCGACCUUGGCCGGCCAGCUGACCGCUCGCCCGGUGACUUUUUUUAUCCAGUGAUGUGUCACCAGUGGCUGCUGGAAAACAGCCGUCCUGCGGGCGGGCCGGCGCGACCCUGUCCCGUCAGCAGGGACGGGACAGGACCGCGCCGUGUGUCUCCGUCCGGCGCAGGGCCGCGACGCCUCCGCUGAGGGAGGCGCGUGCCGCCCGGACCGCCGGCGCCCAUAUAAGGCGGCGGGACCGUGACCGCCGCCCCCGCCCACACACCGCCGGGGCGGACCGGGCGGCGGAAGGGACUGCAGACGAACAGUGAUACCUGCACGGGGAGAUAGGGUGUGUCUGAGAUAGCGGCCCCCGUGGGCGGCCAAGGUCCGACGGAGUGGCGGCGAACAGCGCUGCGGCUGACAGGUUACUGCCGGGAGCGUGUGCUAGGUGUUAGUGUUGACCUAACAGACGCGGCCAGGUAGACGGUCAACGAUUUAUUGAAUGUUGAAGGUCAACCUUGGAAAGCUUUGACAAGAAUCUAAGGAAGUUUGUCAGUGCAUGUCUUCAUCGCGGGUUUUGCGAUGCAACAUUUGCGUCUAAUCGGACGAGUGUUUCAACUGUCAACUUUGCAAUCAAUGACUGCGAUGUGCAUCUUGCAGAUGCCUUUCACUUCUUCGCUAUGUAACAAUAGUUAUUGCAAAGAUGCACCACGAUAGGUGCACGUAAGUUACUGUCACGUAACAUCUUAAUAGCUUCGUGGUCUUGGUCGUGAUAAGGAUUUUAUCUUUAUCGCUGACGGAUAAUUCAAGUAGUCAGAGUGAGCAUAGAAUGCGAGCCAGCUCGGUAGCUCAGGCAGCGAAAGAGAGGUAGAUAGCUAACCAAAGGCGAACUGCCAGAUUGCCGGAUGUGUGAGAAUAACUGCCGUGCUUAUGAGACGCGUGUAGAUGUACUGUUUUUGAACUGUGUUCAUGUGCAGACUUUUCUGCAUUUUGAAAUAAAUAAUUAUUUAUGUGAAA